AUGCUCCGUCGCCUCGCCGGGUGUGUCGCUUUUCGGAAAAAUGUUGUGAGGCCAUUCAUGAACUCUACGGCUCUGUUGUCGUCGUCUCCUGCAGCUGUGUCUGCUCCAGUGAUUCCCAAAAGCAGUAAUGAAGGAAAGGAUUACUCAGUGGCGAGCGGGUCCGUAGAUACGCCAGUCCUCGAUCAGCUGGUUGGUUAUUACGUCAACAUUCAGUCACGCAAGAUGUACUACAAGGAUUUCUUGCGUAUUGAGCACCAGGCAGUACGGUGGGCAUUUGCUGACAUACGAAAGAAUAGUGAAGCGCUGGCGCAUGGUCUUCUUCAAACAGGCUUGCGCCCUGGACAGAGGGUGCUGGCGAUACAACCGUGCAACUGCGAGACGUUUGUGCUUCAAUUGGCAUGCGCCAAGAUUGGGGCUCUUCUUGCUGUUGUGCCCCAUCACAAUAUAAGCGCUGACAAACUUCGGUUUUAUCUUAAUGAAUUUCAACCACACCACCUCAUCGCUCGUGAAUGGAUCGUCGUACCGGAGGUUAAGCAGGGUGUGCUGGUGGAGCGUAACAUGCACUUCUGGGAUAUGAUUUACAAUGUCAUACCUGAGCUAGGACUAUCGUAUCCAGGGCAACGGUUUCAGUGGGUGCACUCUCAGGAGUUCUUCUUCCUUAAGAAGGUGGUCAUAACAGAUCACAACAUGAACUUACUGGGAGUGACGCCAAUGCGUAAGAUGCUCGUGUGGGGCCCCUUUUCUUACUAUGAGCAGCGGUUGCGUCGUCUCUCUGCCCUCCUGCAUCCCGAUGACCCCAUCCUCGCCCUGGAGGACCCGCACCCGGCACUAGAGGACAAGUUGCACAUCACCUAUUCUCACCGUAACUGCAUUAAUGCUGGGUUCCUGUUUGGUAAUCUCAUGGGCCUGAAGGCGGAGUCGCGCUUUGGUGUAAUGCCUAACCACCACGUGGACCCUGUAGGCGCCAUUGUUGCACCGUAUGCCGCACUUACGACUGGAGCUGUUCUUGUGCACAUCCACAGUGACAUGUUUACAGACGACCACGCUAUCAACGGCAUAGAGAAACUCUGUGUAGAGGAGGUAGUGGGUAUGUUGGGUAAGAAGUCAGACUUUGACCUCCUGCUUCGUCACGCGGGUAACUUUGAUGCAGAUCAAUAUGAACACCUCAAGUGGGUGGUACUUUUUGAGGACGCGAGUGAGCCCACUGUGGGCGAUGAGUAUUUGCAGAAAUUAGCAAAGGAGCUUGGUCUUGAAGAUGUUUUUGUCUUCCGGGGGCCGCUGGAGAGUGCAUACAUGGUCAUGUGGCGUUCUUUAAAGCGCGCUCGGUGGGAGAUGGUUCCGCAUGUGGAAGCAAAAGUGGUUGGUGAUCGUGGAACGGCCGAUGCGAGGAUUCUUGCGGCCAACACUCGGGGGAAUUUGAAGCUGAAGGGCCCACAUAUCUCCGCAGGUUAUUACAACAAUGCUGGGCUGCUGACAGAAUUAGUAGAUGAGCGCGGCUUUUGCAGUACAAGCCGCGAAGCUGUUAUGGAUGAAAGGGGGCAGUUGACGCUGCAUGGCACCCAAUUGUACUAG